AUGUGUUCUGGCAUGCGUUCUAUUUCGAAAUCAAAGUUUGUUGUUAGAAAGCUGAUACGUGAAUACGUCACAGUGUCGAAAUUAGAACCAUGUACAGGACUAUCAUUCUUCAAUUCAACUGUUAAGCAAUCUACUCCGUUAUGCAAAUACAUGUCAACCGGCGUUGGAUCGAGACACGUUAGUUAUGUGACAGAAAAACACAUUGCAUCAGAUAUGAACUAUAAGUCGGUGCGACACAAAACUGACUCUGUAUUACACGAAAUGUCUACUGGACAGGAAAGUUCAGAUAAGAAAGAAGAGAAAACAGGGGAAAAGGAAUGGUAUCAGUCCUCAACAUUCAAAGGAGUAGCUGCCGUUACAAUGACCUCUCUGACAGUGGGCAGUUUAGCAUAUCUAAUGCAUGUGCAGGGUGAACCUGCUAGAACUGAAACAGGUGAUAUAGUUAAUGAUGAAUUUACUGACAGGUGGAAUGGAAACUUUUUAAGAGCUGUACAGCGCUAUAUAAAUCCAUCGAGAGAACAACUUUUACCAGAACCACUGCAGCCGCCAUAUUAUCAGCCCCCAUACACACUCGUAAUGGAAAUCACAGGUGUGCUUAUCCAUCCAGAAUGGACAUAUGAGACUGGUUGGCGCUUUAAAAAGAGACCAGGUGUCGAUUACUUUUUCUCCAAAGUUUGUCCACCCCUGUUUGAGGUUGUGAUAUUUACAUCAGAAGGUGGAAUGAAUGCUGAUCCGCUCGUGAACAACUUAGAUCCCCAAGGAGCAGUCAUGUAUCGUCUUUACAGAGACUCCACCAAAUAUGUUAAUGGUCAUCAUGUCAAGGACCUGUCCUACCUGAACCGUGACCUUUCCAAAGUCAUCAUAGUUGACUGCAAUGAGAAGUCAUUCCAAUUUCAUUUGAGGAACGGUCUCAAGCUGAAGAAGUGGACGGGUGAUAACGAUGAUAAAACACUUAUAGACCUUGCUAACUUUUUACAAGUUGUUGGAUCCAGUGGUGUGGAGGAUGUAAGGACUGUGAUGGAGUACUAUGCCAAGUUUGAUGAUCCUAUGGAAGCUUUCAAGGAGAACCAAAGAAAACUAGAGGAAGAAAAACAGCGAAGGUUAGCUGUUGCUACGAGUCAGGACUCGAAAAAAAACUGGUUUUGGCGGAAGUGAUGACAACCAUCAUCAAUGCCGAGAAAAGCUACCAAUGGACAAAUCUGUUACAAGCUCAAUUGGUGCAAAGUGCCUAUGAGCUGAUGCAAUAGUCUUGCAUCUCUUCUGCAUGUUAACAAACAUCUUCUACUACAAAACCAUAACACCUAGUGUCAUGACAUGGUUUACUCUGGAGGUGUUGGAUGUAUUUUUAGUAAUACUUGAUAAUGUUUCAAGUUCACAGGGGUCAGAUGUAAGAAACUUGAUACGGGAGUCAUUUAUUUUAAGUGGUCCCUGUUAUAGAAGGAUAACAGAUUUGUGUAGUCUAUAUUUACCUUGACCUAUGUUCAAGGUCACAUUAUAUGUAGCUAUGACCUGUGAUAAUUAGGUCUGGGAUCAUGAUACAAAAGAUACUUUAGUAAAUUACAUUUUUUUAAUUUGAGAAUCUUGAGGUGGGAGGGGGCGAGCAGGUCCAGUUAUUGUUUUUGUCCAGUUGAAUUUUCAAAGUCACAAGUGCCCCACGCUACAAAAACAGUUUAUGAAGGAAAAAGGAAAAUAUGAUAACUGUUCUGCUUUCAGAAUGACAAUUUUAUAUAUUCCAUCUUGAUCUCAUUCCUUGGGAAUCUUAAGCGUCAAUCAAGAUGCCGAUAUCCAACAUCCAAGGUUUGACAGAUUCAACAAACAAUGGUCUGAGUUUUUUUACCAGCUCUGCUUGUAGUUGUCAAAGUUAUAUUUGUUGCUAGAUGACAAUAAUAUUUUUUUCUUUCAUUUUAUUGUAUUCUGAAAGAAAUAAUGUUUUUUUUUACUGAAAAUGACCUUGGCCUGUCUGUGGUUGUUGACGUCUGUUAGGUGGCCCUUGUGAAGUAAUAUUGCUUUUCUUUGGUGUAAACACCAUGGACUUUGUAGCAUUCUGUCCGAGUCUGUGGAACUCUGUGGACUGUUUAAGUCAUUGUUAUUCUAACUAUGACUGGCACGAGGAAAACAUUAAAGUGCAUCCAUUCAAAUGUUUUCUUUUGGUUGUAAAAAAAAAAAAUGAGUGCUUUAUCGAUUGUGAUGUCAUUCUUAGGCAGAGGUAUGUAAAGUCAAACAUCUGAAGACAGAUCUAGCAUGUAAUAUCAAACAGUGAUAAAUGUUCUUGUUGCUGUUUAGAAAUAAUUCAACAUUCAUACAUGAUACUGCAGGUUAUGUAAAUUUUGCAAUGUUUAUUUACAUUAAUGUACUUAUUUUGGAAAGAUGAUUGUCUAGA